UUAACGGUAUUAUCUUCCUCUUCCCUGUAAAAAUUAAAGAGAAAAAUAAAAAAUUUUUUUAUACAAAAAAAAAUUUGAAAACAAUUUUUUUAUACGUACCUUGUCCCCACUUAGAAUUUUUUUUUUUGUAGAAAUUACCGUAAAAAAUGUUUAAAAUUUUUAAACAUACAAAAAAAUGUACAUAAAUAAACAAAAGUUUAAAGAAAAAACAAAACAAAAAAAAAAACGCGCGUAGAAGUGAACGAUUUUGGAUUGAUUUUUGUAAAAGAAGAGAAUAAAAAGAAGUGAGCGAACAACACUUUACCUCAGGAAAUAUAUAUUUUUUUUUUACUCAAAAUAAAAAAAAAAAUUAGCAAAAAUAAAAAAUAUUUGUUCAUUUUUAUACACCAAAAAAAAAGAGUAAUAAACUGACACAUAACGGUAAAAAUCAUAACUUGUCCCGUUAUGUUGAUGACAGAUGAAGAUAAGUGCACUCGUCCUUGUCAUAGUUAAAAAAAGAGAAGAAGAAGAAGAGUUGAUGUGAAAACUUGAGUGAGAGUGAGAACAAAAAAAUCUUAUACUAUAUUUACACACACACACAUAUAAAAUACCUAUAUUUGCAUUAAAUAAGCAAAAGAAAAAAGAAGAGAAAAAUUCAUUUUUUUUUGUUGCAAAUUAUAACGGUUUGAAUAAAAAACUAACUCAAAAUAGCUACCUUAACGGCAUAUCAUCCGCUGCUCCUUAUGGCGCCGCGAAGGAACAAUUUAAGCAAUCAUCAUACGACGUCAUCAUCGUCAUCAUCCUCAGCGACCUUAAACACCCCACCACCCCAAUCCUCAUCAUCAUCAUCAUCAUCAUCAUCAUCUGCAUCAUCAACAACAACUACAACUGGAUCAGUUGUUGAUGUACACAAUCUACUUGGAUUGACUGUUAUUAGUGGUGGAGGUGGUGGAAUUGCAGUUAGUGUUGAUCAAGAUAAUCACCACUUAACAAUUGAGACAAGCAAAAUAUUUGCAUCACCUGUCUCAUCUGAAUCGUCUAUAACUUCAUCAUCGUCAUCGUCAUCAUUAAUGAUGUCGCCGACACGUGAAACAACUUAUAUUCGAUGUUGUGUCCCAACUGGGGAUUGUUUUAAAAUGAGUUCAUCAUCUCCCGAUUAUGGACUUAUUUCCAUGGAGAAUUUAAGCGAUUGCAUACGUGUAUUAUGCAAUAAUGAAAAUUGUUCAGUUGGACAAUAUAUGCAUCGUGAAUGUUUUGAAUCAUGGGAACAAACUGUUUUGAUAACACUCAAAUCAAUUGGUAGAGCUAGAUCAUGGUCAGAUAGGCAGAGAUUACAAAAUCUCUGGACUAAAAAGGGUUAUGAUUUAGUUUAUAAAGCUUGUGGAUGUAAAUGUGGUCGAGGACAUAUUCGUAAAGAUUUAGAUUGGCAACCUCCCACACCGACAAAAGCUUCACAUAAUGGUGUUUAUUUGAAUAAUAAUCGUAAUGGUGGUUCGGAUGAGGAAUCGACAAAGAAGAAAAAGAAACGUAAUCGUAAUCAGAAACCAUCGUUAUCAUUGACUACGAUUAAUCCGGGUAAUUAUCAUCCAAAUACCCAAAAUUCAUCGAAUAAUCAUCAUCCACAACAACAACAACAACAACAUCAUCAGUCGUCAAAUGGUGGUGGAAAUGUUGGUGUUGGUGUUAUUGGUAAUGGAUUGAUGAAUAAUAAUUCGUCUAAUAAUACCAAUAAUGGAGGAGGAUCUAUUGAUUUGAGAGCUCGUACGGGAAGUUUAUCAUCGAGCAGUGGAACAACAUCGCCACCAGUUUCGGCAUCAAGUGAAUCGAGUGUUUCACCAGUUCAUAUUCAUCAGAAUAAUAUGAACUCCAAUAAUAAUUGUAACAACAUUGUCAAUACUAAUAACAAUUUAAAUAAUGGAAAUUCUAAUAUUGUUUUAAAUAAUAAUAAUAUCGGUAAUAAUGGUAUUAACGGUAUUAAUAAUAACACCAACAACAAUAAUAACAUUAUGAUUACAAAUGGUAAUUUAGCACCAGGAAGUAAAUUAAAACAAUUGACACCGAUGGAACAACAACAAAUUGUUCAACAACAAAAAAAUAAGGAAGUGGAACUUUAUUCGGAGCGAGUUCGCUCAACAUCAGGGUGCAAUGGUAUAUUUUCGCGUCGUUUGGAUUUUUCAUCAUUCAAUUUGCUGCCAAAGACACGUUUGAAUUCCUAUCAAGUUAAGAUCGAAGACGAAGGAAAUCAUGGCAACGAUGAAACACGUCUAUUUAUUCUAUCAUCAUUGGCACAAAGUCAAAUGAGUCGUGUUGCAUGCAUUUUAUGCGAAGAACCAAUGUUGGUAUUCGAUCGUUAUCCAUUGGUUGAUGGGUCGUUCUUUUUAAGCCCAAAACAACAUUCAGCUGGAUGCAUUGAGGUAAAAUAUGAAGGACGUUCUCUAUUCCUAACAUGUGUUUGCAUGGGUUGCCUCGAUGGUACUUCAUCAGGACGUAUUAUCAGUUGCAGAUUCUGUGGCGAACUUUGGGAUGGUUCCAGUCUCGUCCUUGGCACAAUGUAUGCCUAUGAUAUUUUUGCUGCAAUGCCAUGUUGUGCUGAACGCCUAAAGUGCAAUACUUGCUUAAAACUACUUCUUCAUCCCCAACAACGAUUGAACUUCUUCAGCGACUACUCACACUGUGUCACAUGCCCAUACUGUGCCACUCAAGACACUCAUUUCGUUAAGCCUUUGGGCUACUGCUACACCAAAUCUGUCAGCAAGUUUGCGUUGAACCUCGCAUAACAUGAGGCCCCGUUGGAGUCUCCAAAUGGCACGGCAGUCACCACCACCACAACGAAUACCAUACCAACAUCACAAAUGGUAUCGUCAUCAUCGGUUGGGACUCCUGGCGGGGCAUCCUCAUUGAAAAAAGCAAUUUCUCUCUAUUCACCACUGAUUGAUUAUUCGGCACCAUUGUUGCAACAAACACCAGAAUCCUCUAACAACAGCAGCAAUGCCAUUAACCAGAUAACCUUGCAACAGCAACAACAACUGUUGACCCAGGUAAGACAUCAUCGAUCAGUUGGUUUAAAUGUGUCCCAACAACAACAACAACAAACAACACCACCACCGCAGCCGUCAGCAGCAACAACAUCUUUGCUGCAGCCAUCUUCGACUCUAACGAAUGGCAAUCAUCAUUUACACAACAACAAUGGCAACACU